AUGAAUCACAAUCCAUCAAGAGAAUUCAAAGCACUCGAGCGUCUCAAGGCUCAAAUCUUCUCAAACUGUCCCUUGCAGACCGGCGAUAAUGAAGGCUGUGGUCGAUGUCAAAUUAAAAUCAAAGACUCUCAAAAGCUACUCUUAUGUCAUUGUGGAAGGAAACUUAAAGUGGAGAUAUUGCAAUCGGCCGAUAGGCAUUGGAAAACAGCCAUCAAAACUGUAUCUAGUCUAAACUCAGCUAUUAAUCGCCAGUAUGCAGAUGAGAAAACAAUGAAAUAUAUAUCAAAUAAUACAUUAUCUGAAGAUCAGUUCCAAGUGACCCGCGCCAAGAUCCUCGGUGAAAAGCUUGCUAGCGAGUCGGUCGAGCAGGCAGCAAAAGCAGGUAGCCCAAAGCUCUGGGAUAUUAUAGCCGAAAAAGCAAAGCGAGGAUUAUUUGAUGAUCAUGCUGUAUUCAAAGCGCUUGUUGAGGCUAUGAGUAGCAAAGCCGAGCGCCUAUCUCAUGGGCACAGUUUGGCUGGGAUCAUCUAUCGACCGGAGCUAGACAAUUGGUUGAUUACAGCUGGUGCAUAUAGCAGUGGAGUUGUGUCGUUGGUCAGAGAUAAUUUUGCCGGUAGAUCACCCCGAAGCCAUCCGAUAUCUUCUACAACACGCAUUCAGCAUGUGAACCCAGCACUUUGGACUCAGGAACCCAAGCAAUUCUAUGACGAUAUCUCCACCAGCAUAGAUCAUGAUUAUCAAGAGACCAAAGUACCUUCACUCACAGUUUCAGAAGCGCUUUCAACCGCAGCCAAGAUCCAUGCAAAUGAUGAAGCAGCGAACUCAAUUGUUGGCCAGCUCUCUCAGAGAAUCGAAGAUGAAUUAUACUCAUCUUUCCAACUUCCGAACUUGCGAAGUUAUCAAACCAAAUCAACACAUCCUGAGAUCACAAAGCAUCAACCUACGCAAUCUCCACUGAUAACUUCUAGCUCCACUUUGAACUUCAAAAACCUUGUGAAGCUCCGACACGAACACAACAGUGCUGUCUCUCGACAUCACGGAAAUGAGCAAAUGAAAAACAAAUCUUCUGAUUUCCCAGCACCUACCAUAGAUGGCACCACCAGAGUCAGCAAUAUGAAACCAAGUCAAUGUAGCAAGAUGCUAUCUAUGUUGUAUCAAGAGAAUUGUGUACAAGUUGAACCUCUUUGUUGUCACAAACGUUGGAAUAUGACGGCAAAGAUUCGAGCAGCAGAUAUCAUUUGUACGGUUGGCUCAAAGAUACCGGUCAUCACUACUGAAUGGCUUAAAAGUGGACAGCUCAGCGAACUGAACCCACUGAAGCGACAUAAGUGGGUCAUCAUAAUCAAAGAUAGUACCCUAUACAUUGGUCGUAUCUUAGCCAUAUACGAAAACUCCAAUUCAAAACAUAGUGUAGUCGAAACCGCCGCAAGUCCUUCAAAUCUAUCGUUCAUCUCAGUGGUGAUGGGAAGAUACCAACACGGCACAGUUGACGUUUCCUGGGAUCCAGACAGUCACAAUUCAUAUUUCUAUGUCCAUAUCUCUCCCAACCGCGUGGCUCACAUCUUCCAAGAGAGUAAAGAUGAAGAAUUUAAGUUCUUACAACCCGGACAUCACUCAAUCUCACCAAAAGUCCAGAUGAUUCUACAGUCAAUCAGUAUAAGCACUUGGGCUGUUUCUUUUGAAAAGACUCUCUCAGCAUUGAAAGCAGCCGGAAAAGAUCCUCUCACUUAA